AUGCAGCAAGAACAUCGCCAUACUGCGGAACGGCACCGAUCACACGAAGCCGAAAUCACCUCGCCAGCGUUCGAUCCUUUCUUGUCCCCGUCGCCAACGCCUUCUCCCGCACUUUCAGCAUACUCGUACUCUUCCACAUCCAGCGCUGAUGACUUUUCCGACCAAGACCCAGAUCUCAACGCCCUCUCCCUCGAAGCUAUCGAAGAGCCGCAGUACCACCUCGCCCAUUCGCCCACUUCACUGCCGGGUCAAUCUUACUUUGCCUCUGGCCUCAACCAUGCCGAGUUUGAUCCUCGGCAAUCGAACCUGGCCAGUGGUGCCGCAACGCCUGUUGCUUCUCAAUCUUCAGCGAAUCUUCGAUUCAGGGAACCAUCGCGCUCCUCCUCCUCCUCAUCGCCCACAGGAGCGGGUCUUUCGGCUUUUUCGUCUUUGUACCGCGGUCUCUCGCCCAGACACGCUUCGGAAGAUUCGGGCUCGUCGCAUGUUACCUCGACCAGCGCAAAUGCUUCGCUCGGCUCGACACAGCAACCCUCGCCGCCAGACUCCGAGGAGGAAGAGCGCGCAAAUCGCGACGCAGAGCCUGACGGCUUCGAUUCCCUCGAUGUAGAUGAGGACGAUAUGCAUGCAGAUGGUAUUCCAGCCGCUCGAGGAUGGCGUCUCGACGCACGUCAAUCCGACACGCCCCAGUUCCGCACCAAAGUGCUCCAGCUCUUUUCCGAACAGCUGCAGCUCUUUGGUUGGACGCAGGAAACCGUUGAUUCGUCCUUGUGGCCACUGAACCCCGAACAGCUCGGCCUAAAGCGUAUCAGCGGCGCAUUCACUAAUGCUGUCUUCUUUGCAAGCUACAACGCUGCCGAGUCUACUCGCGGAAGUGUCGCUCCACCGCCAACAGUCCUGCUGCGUGUCUAUGGCGCCAGCUCGGAAGCCCUCCUUUCUCGCCGUGCCGAGCUUCUUAUUCUUCAUACAUUGUCGAGCCUCUACGAGAUCGGCCCUCACAUUCUCGGCACGUUUGCGAAUGGUCGCGUGGAGGAAUUCUACGACUGCGACCCUAUCGAGAAGGAAGGCAUGCGGGACUUUGGAGAUCGAGAGGCAUACAUGCUACCGGGUGGAAGACUCGUCGUCAAGGGCCGCGAGGGUCGCGCGCACUGGGUCGCGCGCCGCAUGAACGAGCUCCACUCAGUGCCGCUCGAGGUGAUGCGAACCGUGCUCGAGCAGGGCAACCUCCGCGGCCCUAGCGAAAAGGGUUUUGGACGAGGGAUCGAGAAUCACAUCAUGGCCAGCUCGCAUCGUCCGCGCCGCAGAACGCGUCAACGCCGCCCAAGCGGACUCCCGGACAAGGACGUCGCAUCGCCCCGUGUCUACGGCCUCGAAAACCGCGGCAUCAUGCGUGCCAGCCCGGCACCCAUGGCUCCGGACGAGUCCUCGCCCGCAGCAAGCAUGGAUCAACAAGGCACCUAUGCAUUCCUGCACCGCAACAGCUCGGCAGUCUCGCUCGACUCGCUGGCCACCAGCUACAAUUCGCAGUCCAGCUUCUUUGGCGACAGUCCCACGUUGAGCGGCGUCACCAGUCCGGCUCUUUCAGGUUCAUCGGCCACCGACACGCCCAACUCGUAUUUCCCUCCUGUCACCGAAACGCCCAUGAGUCCGCUUGCUUUGGGUGCUCACGGUCGCUCGUCGCAAAAGGGCAAGUCGUCGCGAGGACCUUAUCCUGGCGUCUGGCGAAGACUGAAGAGGUGGUCGCGCGAGGCAGCCAAAGUCAUUGAACUGGUCGAUCGCUUUGCCAAAACGGAAAGCGGUGCCAAGGCGAUCGCCAUGUGCUUCUCAGGCCAUCCGUCUAUUCGUCAGGAGCUCCAGGUCGAUCCUAAUGCGCUCUCGACGGCCACGAUCGGUCCCUCGCCUGGAAACCUUCGCAACACGCUUCGAGCCAUCCGCGCCAUCGACCUCGUGUCGCUGUUGCGCGAGAUGGAGGAAUACAAACGCUUUGUCCGGAAGUGGGAGCGACGGGAAGGGCCAUCGCGCCGUGUCUUUGCACACAACGACGCUCAGUACGGCAAUUUGCUGGCCAUCAAGCAUUUCAACGCUCCUGCUGGGGCCCUUGCCACGCAGCCGGAACAGCGAUCGCGAGCUGCCAAGUCUCCCUCGGUCGAAGUGCCGUCGAUCCCGGCUGGAAUGCCCCGCUUGCCAUCACACGACAAUCGUCGCGACAGCACCACCUCUGUCGCCCGCCCGCACAGUCCGGUCUCGGUGAGGUCCAAGAGCCACAGCCGCCUCAAUUUCAAGAAGGCACCACCACUUCACCAUCGUAUCGUUGUCAUCGACUUUGAGUAUGCCAGUCCCAACCCACGCGGCUAUGACAUCGCCAACCACUUUCAGGAAUGGCGCGCGGACUACCAUCACCCGACGCUGCCAUGGUCCUUGACGCAUCACGGCAGCUACCCGGACGAGCAGCAACGUCGCAAGUGGCUGCGUGCCUAUGUCGAGCAGGGCCGCCUGCUGCGGAUGGGUGGACGCGCAUCUAAAGGUGGGCCUGCUGCCAUUGAUGUUCCCGGGGAUGUGUUGCUACCGCCGCCUGUCGCGUCGCUGCAGUAUCCUCCGUCUGAUACGGCUAUCAAGGGGCCCAUCACUGUCGAAAGGUCUAGCGCACCGGUGACACCGGGUACGGGCGCAGCCCAGGUCGCCGCCCUCGAGAAAUCAUCGGGAGAGCGUAAUCGCCCGUCGCUGUCACAGAGCAGCUCGAAUACGUCUGCAAACGUCCGAAGCGGCUCUGGGCCGGGUGCUAGCUCCAACGACGCAGAGACGAAUGCCAUCCGACGGCUUUCCAAGAAGGGAAGCAUCGAAUCGAUCUCUUCGUCGUCGUGGCAGGCACCUCCGUCCGGCUCGCUUCGUGCCAUCAACCCUUCUGCUCCCAGCACUCCCGCCAGCUGUCUGGGCGCUUCUUCUCCGUCGCUGGAAGGCUCGGCGUCUCCGCAAGUUCUGGCGCUCGCCUCUCUGGACGCGAGCAUCGAAAAGGAGGUGGACCGGCUGGAGCGCGAGGUGCAUCUGUGGAGUGCAGCCACGCAUGCUGUGUGGGGACUGUGGGGGAUUGUGUUUGCUAAGGAAGAGCUUGAAUCUGUGCUUGUCAGGGCAAAGGCGGAAGCGGAGGGUCAGCCGGUGGAGGAGACGGUUCUGUCGGAGAUCAGCACGCAACUGGUCGCCUCGGCAGCGUGUGCAGAUACGUUUGACAAUCUGCGGUACGCACUUGGACGCAUCGAACUGUUCCGCCAGGAGUUCAAGCAGCUCAAGGAAGUUGGUAUCUAUGCCGUCUAA